AUGAACUUUAGAAGGAUUUUCCUAGUGAAGUGCUUGCUGCUUUUAUUUCCCAGUGUAAAAAGCUCCAUCAGCAACUGGAUUUAUAUGGCUGUGAAUGAGUCGGCUCUUCUCAACAUCGCUGCUGCUGGAACUGUGUAUGAUGCAACAUGGCUGAGAGACAGACAAAGGUUGCUUCAGAUAACAGAUAAGAAAGUUAAGUACUAUGUGAACAAAGGCCAGUGCAGGUGUAAGAUACUCAUAAAUGGGACUCUGCAAAUAGAGAAGGUGAUGAAAGAGGACAGCGGAAAAUACACAGUGAUGGUUUAUCAGCAGGAUGGAAAAUUGAAGGCAGUAGAAGACACAAUGCUCAUUGUUCAGGAGCCCGUCCCUCAGCCGAUCCUCAGUGCUGAAUGCGUGAACAAAACUGUAGCUGUCAAGUGUGAAGUGAAGCAGAAGACUAGAGACGAAACCUUUCUAAUAGAACUGAGUCAAGAGAAAAGAAAAAAAAUCCAAAAGAAUGCAACAAGGUUGGAGUUGAACACGCAACAUUCUGGGAUGUUCAGAUGUGUUGUUCAGAACCAAGUCAGCAAAAAAACGGCUGAAAAAGUAAUUAAGUGCUCAGGCCAGCUGGACCUUUACCUCAUCUUAAGCAUAGCAGGAGGCGCAAUCUUCUUUGUCAUCUUUGUGAUUUUGCUUAUUUAUUGUAUCAGGAAGAAGAAAGCAGAAAGGCUUGAAGAUGACGACGAGGAGCAGACAAUGCAGGCUUGCCAGGUGGGCAGCGAAAUGGUGGUGCGGGAGCUCCCGCAGCCACCGUGCCAUCCCACCCCGCGGCCGGCCCCCGGGCGGCGGGCACACAACGAGACGCGCCGGCGGCCACUGCCGCAGCCCCAGAUGCAGCAGCAAGCAUUGCCCCCGCGGCCCAGGCCCCGCACUCAGCAACGGAUUCCAAACCACCCGAGACAAAGACCUUGA